AUGGAUCAUUCUAAAGAACUACGAAAGUCUCCAGAGCAGGCUGAUAGCUCCAUUGCACCCGAAAUAAAAGACUGGCAGACCCCGGCUAGAAUAGAAAGUGGAAGUGAAGAACCACAAUCUAUUUCACCGAUGGCAUCAGAAAGCCACCCUAAGACGCUACUGAGAUCACCUCAGAUUGAAAAAAAACCUUCAUCGCCAACAUUUACAGAUACCACUCCGAUAGGGUCGGAGUACUCCAUCGACGCCGAAGCACCUCCUCGAGGGCUAGGUUUCCGAGACAAGCUAAAGUGGGCGCAAGAAACCCAGCCUACCGAAGAUUUGAAGAAGGAAGCAGCAAAUUCACCGAACCAGCCUAGUCCCAAGUCGUCAGCAUCUACGAUUCCAAGUCCUGUCAAUUCAGAGUAUUCAGUUGAUGAUCAAACUGUCCCGCAAGGGUUGGCUCUAAAAGACAGACUCCAAUGGGCUAAAGCAAACCCGUCUAAUGCAGAGAGGAAGAAAAGAAAGCGAUCCUCGAACCCCGUACCUCCGAGGUCGCCACCGCCCCAGCCAUCUCCAGACCCAAGAUGGUAUCAACAGGCCCAAGACGAUAUGCUGCAUAGGGACCCGAACUCACCAGAGCACCCAGCCUCGUUGAGUUUUUCAGAAGCCAUGUAUGCGCCUUUGAGAGCCAAUCGAAAUACAGGGACAGACAGUGGACGUACGACACCGCACAUGUUGCGGAUCCCACCCGAAGAGCCGCCAUAUGUUCAAUUAGAGGAUGACUACACCCCAGUCAAGAUAGGUCAGCGUUCCUCGCCCCAAUGGACACUCUCUGAGUUGCCAGAAGAAAGGCCGGUUUCCCCUCUUCCGUUCACCAUAUAUGUCGACGAACCGACACCCACUCCUCGCAAGAGGAAGCGGGAGUUGAUCGAAGAUGUUGUGGAGGGUGGAGAGGGGGAAUCCAGCCCGGAGUCACCAGUUGUUGAAGACGCAGAAGUACCCAGACCACUCGGGCAUGGAUUGCCCGUUAUUAUCCAUACAGAAGACCCCAGCCCUCGCCCAAGAAAGAGAUAUCGUGGUGUAACUCCUACGCUUUCCGAUUGUUCGAGUCCACCAACGCCAAUAUUUUGCCCGUCACCAGCUGAUGGGGAGACUGAGGAAGAGAGAGAUGAGGAGAGGAAGGAGAAAGAAGACGGGGUUAAUCCGGCCAUUGUGCAGUCGGAUGCCCAGGGGAGUUUGGCCAUUGUGCAGUCAAACCCUCACCCAAGCCGCCCACGUACUUACGGCGAAAUCCGUUCGAGACGCUCGGUCAUUGCGCAAUCGAGCUCUCACUCCGAAGCCCUCGAGAGCACGGGAUCAGUUUCGGGUAAGCCGGCCAUUGUGCUGUCGGAUACCCGACCCCAGCAGGAGGGGGUUCUAGGAGAGGAUGUAGCCAGGGAAGCUCGAGUAACGCCUCCACCAGUCAUUGAGGACUCACCGAGGCCGAAAUCAGAACCAUCUCGCGGAAGGUCCGCAUGUCCGACGCCAAGACGAUUACCAUGGCCCAAGAGACACAUCUUGGAUCUACCGCCGUAUAUUACGGCGGACAGAAACACAGAUGAAGCUCUCCGACAACGACGUUUAGGAACGUCGUUUGGUAGACGCUUGCUAGGUGCUAAGAGUUCGAGCACCGAGGUUGAGAGGAAGCCUUUGAGUAUCCUCAAGCUGUUCGAGAUUCCUGAGCUUUUUGCCAGGAUCUCCAACAAGCUGAGUGAGAAAGAUUGCCUGAAUCUUACUUCGACAUGCAAGGCUCUGAGGGAGAAGAAAGAACAAGUUUGGGACAUCAAUGCGCAUAUGGCGCAUUUCUUAGAGAGGCCCACGGAAUUCAGGUCGCUGAUGGCUACGCACGGCGCCGUUGUUAGUGGCAGCGACGCCCUGCAGUUCCUAUCACGCGAACGCUUCGAGAACAGUGACUUAGACGUUUACGUCGAAGUCGGGGGGUUGAGGGGGUUCAAGGAGCACCUGGAGGAAGUGGAGGGUUACGCGUGGGUGCCAUACCAAUGGCAAUCCGGCGGCAUCGAGGAAGCGAUGGUCGACCGGAUUUUUGACACCAAGGACUUCCAGAAGUUGGAGCAGGCCGGUAGAUUGUCUAAGGGGAGCAACUUGGGGUACCUAGCCCGGUAUGAAAUGAAGACGUUGGAGGGCGUCUUCCUCUUUCAGAAAGGCAAAGCUGAAGACCAGUCAUUACGACAAGUCCAGCUGAUCGUUACCCAUGGGCCCCCAAUGUAUGCGAUCCUUUCAGACUUCUAUGCGACCCACCUCUUCAACGUGUACGAUUACAAGGGCGCAUACAGUAUAUUUCCCCAUGGGACCUUUGUAGAGCGGAGGGGCUACAAAACCCAGGCCAUGACGGCCAAAUUAGUCCGCUGUUGCGGUAAGUACGCACAGCGAGGAUAUGACAUCCUCGACUACACCGAAUGGGACGAGAAGAGCACGGGGGAAGGGAGGUUUGGCGAUGUGGUGCUCGAGGUCAAGGACGACCGAGAGAUCCGUCGUUCCCGACGUGUCGGGGACCGUUUCUCUUGGUGUCUUAACCUAGACACCACGGGGGUCGAUGUUCCAGAACAUCCCCCCAGUUCCCUGCUCGAGUACGCAACAUUCGGAAUGGGGUAUAAUGAUAAGAGGAGGAACAUGUAUGGGGAGGUUCGGGAUGUGGUGACCCCAUACAUGAAGGUACAAUGCGCACCAAUGAGGUCGGAGCUUGUGGCGGGGGACUUGGUUGUUGAUACCUUGGGAGGGGAGUGGGAGGAGUUUUUGUCCGAGACGUUGCGGAUGGUCAUGAGGAGGGGCACCCAGGUGGGAUAUAGGGCGGAUAUCCCCCUGUGGUAUGACAUGUUCCAAGCACGUCGUGGGGAGGUGGAGGGGUUGAGGAAGGAGGCGAAGGAGGCGAAGGGGGUGUUGAGGCGGGUGAAGGAAAGGUUACGGAGUGUCCUCUGGCGGUGGGGGUUGUAG